UCGGCCGAGGGGCGGCGGCCACUUUCCCUGGGGGCGUUGUCGUUGGUGGCCCGGGCGCCGGGACCUAGCGGGGCUCCGGGUCUGUUGAGCGCGAAGGAGGGAGGGAGCUGCGUUGGCUGCCCCGAGCGAAGGGCGCGGGAUCAUGGAGCACCUCUUCCUGGAGGUGGCGGGCACGCCGCUGCGGUUAAUCGCUGGCAAGAACGAAAAGAGCCGCAACGAACUGGGCAGGUUCUUGACCAAGCAGGUGUGGACCUCCCAAGACCGCCAGUGUGUUCUGAGUACCUUAGCACAGUUGCUCCUGGACAAGGACUGUACAGUGUUGGUUGGCCGCCAGCUGCGCCCCCUUCUUUUGGAUUUGCUGGAAAGGAAUGCUGAAGCUAUCAAAGCUGGAGGCCAGGUGAACCAUGAUCUACACGAACGACUCUGUGUGUCGAUGAGCAAACUCAUUGGGAGCCAUCCUGACGUCUUUCCAUUUGCCCUGAGAUACUUCAAAGACGCCUCUCCAGUCUUUCAGAGACUCUUCCUAGAGAGUUCAGAUGCUAAUCCAGUCCGUUACGGGCGCAAACGAAUGAAGCUCCGGGACCUGAUGGAGGCAGCCUACAAGUUUCUACAGCAAGAGCAGUCUGUGUUCCGAGAGCUCUGGGACUGGAGUGUGUGUGUCCCUUUGCUCAGAAGCCAUGACACCUUGGUCCGCUGGUAUACAGCCAACUGUCUUGCUUUGGUCACCUGUAUGAAUGAAGAACACAAAUUAUCAUUUCUGAAGAAGAUUUUUAGUAAUGAUGAAUUGAUCCAUUUCAGGUUGAGAUUAUUAGAAGAGGCACAGCUGCAGGACUUGGAGAAGGCCUUGGUUUUGGCCAAUCCAGAAGCUUCCCAUUGGCGUAAGGAGAAGGAUCUGCAAUACUUACCAGGACACCUUAUUUCAACUGACCUGUCUUCCAGAGUGACAGCUGUCUGUGGGGUGGUGCUGCGUGGGCAGCCACCAACCCCAGGAGAGCUGGGUGGUAAUAGGAAUUCUUCACGUGAACAGGAGCUGGCCCUUAGGUCCUAUGUGCUGGUUGAGUCUGUCUGCAAAAAUCUUCAGACCCUGGCUAUGGCAGUGGCUUCUCAGAAUGCUGUGUUAUUGGAAGGGCCAAUAGGAUGUGGCAAAACGUCCUUGGUGGAACAUUUAGCUGCCAUGACAGGUAGAAGGAAGCCACCUCAGCUUCUCAAAGUGCAGCUUGGCGAUCAGACCGACAGUAAGAUGCUGUUGGGAAUGUAUCGUUGCACAGAUGUCCCUGGAGAGUUUGUGUGGCAGGCUGGCACCCUGACGCAGGCAGUCACGAAGGGCUAUUGGAUCCUUCUGGAGGAUAUUGACUAUGCCCCCUUAGAUGUGGUUUCUGUACUGCUCCCUCUCCUGGAGAAUGGAGAGCUAUUGAUUCCUGGUCGAGGUGACUGUCUAAAAGUGGCUCCUGGAUUUCAAUUCUUUGCAACAAGGAGACUGUUGAGCUGUGGAGGAAAUUGGUAUCGACCGCUAAAUAGUCAUGCCAUUUUGCUAGACAAAUAUUGGACCAAAAUUCGCCUGGAUAACCUGGAUAAAACAGAACUGAAUGAGGUUCUACAGAGUGGAUAUCCCAGCCUUGCAGCAGUAACUGGUCACCUGCUUGACAUUUAUCUUCAGCUUACUGGAGAGAAACAUCCCUCUCGGAAUGACAGUGCUCUAGGAUGUGAUCAGGCAUCUGAGGAAGUUUCAGAAGCCCCAAGAGGAAACACAAGGCCAGUCCUUGAGGGAAGAGAAUUGUCUCUCAGGGAUCUACUAAAUUGGUGUAAUAGAAUUGCCCAUAGCUUUGACAGUUCAUCAUCUUCAGCAUCAUUAAAUAUUUUUCAAGAGGCUCUGGACUGUUUCACAGCAAUGCUUUCUGAGCAUUCAAACAAACUGAAAAUGGCAGAAAUUAUCGGAAGCAAAUUGAAUAUUUCUAAGAAAAAGGCUGAAUUCUUCUGUCAGCUUUAUAAACCAGAAAUUGUGAUCAAUGAGCUAGAUGUGCAAGUGGGUCGAGUACAGCUUCUACGGAAACGAAGUGAGGCUGUUCAUCUACAGAGGGAGAGGCUUACAUUUGCUGCGACCCGAGCAUCGUGUGUUCUCAUUGAGCAGCUUGCAGUGUGUGUCAGCAAAGGAGAGCCUGUGUUGUUGGUGGGAGAGACUGGGACUGGCAAGACCUCAGCUGUUCAGUACUUGGCUCACAUUACAGGACACCAUUUGAGGGUUGUCAAUAUGAAUCAACAAAGUGACACUGCAGACUUACUUGGAGGUUACAAACCAGUGGACCCUAAGCUGAUUUGGCUGCCCCUACGGGAGGCAUUUGAGGAACUCUUUGCCCAGACAUUUUCCAAGAAACAAAACUUUACAUUCUUGGGGCACAUUCAGACCUGUUACAGGCAGAAACGGUGGCAUGAUCUUCUCAAACUGAUGCAGCAUGUGCACAAGUCUGCUAUUAACAAGGAGGCAAAAGAGAGUGAACCUGGGUUACUUUUAAAGGAGAAGUGGGAAACAUUUGGUCUUAGACUCAGCCAUGCCCAACAGCAGAUGAAAAUGACUGAAAAUGCUCUAUUGUUUGCAUUUGUAGAGGGUACGUUAGCUCAGGCAGUAAAGAAAGGAGAAUGGAUCUUGUUGGAUGAGAUUAAUCUGGCUGCUCCUGAAACAUUAGAAUGCCUGAGUGGUUUACUGGAAGGAUCCUCAGGCUCCUUGGUGUUGCUGGAUCGAGGAGACACAGAGCCACUGGUUCGUCAUCCUGAUUUUCGCUUAUUUGCCUGCAUGAAUCCAGCUACUGAUGUGGGCAAAAGAAAUCUCCCACAAGGAAUAAGAAACAGGUUCACAGAACUUUAUGUAGAAGAAUUGGAAAGUAAAGAAGACUUACAAAUUCUUAUUGUGGAUUAUCUGAAAGGAUUGAGUGUGAACAAGAGCAUAGUGCAAGGAAUUAUAAACUUCUACACAGCUUUGCGGAAAGAGUCUGGGACCAAAUUGGUGGAUGGGACCGGCCAUAGACCUCACUACAGCCUUCGGACUCUCUGCAGGGCCCUACGAUUUGCAGCCUCCAAUCCAUGUAGCAACAUCCAGCGCUCACUCUAUGAGGGCUUUUGUUUGGGUUUCUUAACACAGCUUGACAGGGCAUCAUAUCCCAUAGUUCAGAAGCUCAUUUGUCAACACAUUGUCUCUGGCAAUGUCAAAAGUCUGCUUAAGCAGCCUAUUCCAGAGCCAAAAGGAGGUCGGCUUAUCCAGGUAGAAGGCUACUGGAUUUCAGUGGGAGACAAGGAGCCUACAAUCGAUGAGUCCUAUGUUCUGACAUCCUCUGUUAAGCUAAACCUGAGAGAUAUCGUCCGCGUUGUGUCUGCCGGAACCUAUCCUGUACUGAUUCAGGGAGAGACAUCCGUAGGUAAAACAAGCUUGAUCCGGUGGUUGGCCGCAGCUACUGGAAACCACUGUGUACGGAUUAACAACCAUGAACACACGGAUAUUCAGGAGUACAUAGGCUGUUACACAUCUAACUCUUCAGGGAAGCUUGUCUUUAAAGAAGGUGUUCUUAUUGAUGCUAUGAGAAAGGGCUACUGGAUCAUUUUAGAUGAAUUAAAUUUGGCGCCUACUGAUGUGUUAGAGGCACUGAACAGACUGCUGGAUGAUAACCGGGAAUUGCUCAUAACAGAAACACAAGAAGUUGUUAAAGCACAUCCUCGGUUCAUGCUUUUUGCCACUCAGAACCCGCCGGGCCUUUAUGGGGGCAGAAAGGUGCUUUCUAGAGCUUUUAGGAAUCGGUUUGUGGAACUGCACUUUGAUGAAUUGCCUAGUUCUGAGUUGGAAACAAUCUUGCAUAAGCGCUGUAGUUUGCCGCCCUCCUAUUGCAGUAAAUUGGUGAAAGUCAUGCUGGACCUCCAGUCCUAUCGCCGAAGUUCAUCCGUAUUUGCUGGGAAGCAGGGCUUCAUCACCCUGCGUGAUCUGUUCCGCUGGGCUGAAAGAUAUCGACUGGCUGAGCAGACAGACAAGGAGUAUGACUGGCUGCAGCAUUUAGCCAACGAUGGUUUUAUGCUUCUGGCAGGCCGUGUCAGGAAGCAGGAGGAGGCUGAUGUGAUUCAGGGAGUCCUUGAAAAGCAUUUCAAGAAAAAACUGUGUCCUAAAUCGCUUUUCUCCAAAGGAAAUGUCCUGAAGUUACUCGGUAAAUUAUCUUCCCAGAUAUCUGUGUUAGAGUCUAAGUUCAGCCAUAUCGUGUGGACUACAGCCAUGCGGAGAUUGGCAAUGCUGGUAGGACGGGCGUUGGAAUUUGGUGAACCAGUGCUGCUGGUGGGAGACACCGGGUGUGGGAAAACUACAAUCUGUCAGGUGUUUGCAGCCUUAGCAAAUCAGAAAUUGUACUCAGUCAACUGUCACUUACACAUGGAGACAUCAGACUUCCUGGGGGGGCUGCGGCCAGUGAGGCAGAAACCAAGUGAUCAGGAAGAAAAGGACACAUCAAGACUCUUUGAGUGGCAUGACGGGCCUCUGGUUCUGGCCAUGAAAGAGGAUGGCUUUUUCCUGUUGGAUGAGAUCUCACUAGCAGAUGACUCUGUUCUUGAAAGACUCAAUAGUGUCCUUGAAGUGGAAAAGUCUCUGGUAUUAGCUGAGAAAGGGAGCCCAGAAGACAAGGAUAAUGAAGUAGAGCUAUUGACUGCUGGGAAAAAAUUCCGUAUCUUAGCAACCAUGAACCCUGGGGGUGACUUUGGCAAAAAAGAGCUAUCUCCUGCCUUGAGAAAUCGGUUUACGGAAAUAUGGUGCCCUCAAAGUACAAACCGUGAAGAUUUGAUUCAAAUAAUCAAUCGUAAUCUUCAUCCAGGAUUGUCCCUGAGCCGAAUAGAUCAUAAAGGGGCUGACAUAGCUGAGGUGAUGCUGGAUUUUAUCGACUGGCUGACCCACCAAGAGUUUGGCCGGAAGUGCGUGGUCAGUGUCAGAGAUAUCCUGUCCUGGGUUAACUUCAUGAACACAAUGGGGGAGGAAGCUGUUUUCACAAGGCCAGAGACCAUCUCCACAGUCACAUCUUUCGUUCAUGCUGCGUGCCUGGUAUACAUAGAUGGAAUAGGUUCAGGGGUAACUUCCUCUGGGUUUGGUACAGCUCUCUUGGCUCGAGAAGAAUGCCUGAAAUUCCUAAUCAAGAAAAUUUCCAAAAUAGUCCGACUUACUGAAUGUCAGAAAAAUGAAUUGAAGAUUUAUAACAGACUCAAGGCCAAAGAAUUCACUGGGAUAGAUAACCUUUGGGGAAUUCAUCCUUUUUUUAUACCAAGGGGCUCUGUCCUACCUAGGAAUAAUAUUGCUGAUUAUGCACUCAGUGCAGCCACUACAGCUAUGAAUGCCCAGAGGCUCUUAAGAGCUACCAAACUGAACAAACCCAUUCUCCUGGAAGGCUCACCUGGUGUUGGGAAGACGAGUUUGGUGGGAGCAUUAGCAAAGGCUUCAGGAAAUACUCUGGUUCGAAUCAACUUAUCAGAGCAGACGGACAUCACAGACCUGUUUGGAGCAGAUCUCCCUGUUGAAGGUGGCAAGGGAGGAGAGUUUGCCUGGCGUGAUGGCCCCCUGUUGGCAGCUCUGAAGGCAGGCCACUGGGUUGUGUUGGAUGAGCUUAACCUGGCAUCUCAGUCUGUAUUAGAAGGACUCAAUGCUUGUUUUGACCAUCGAGGAGAAAUCUACAUACCUGAAUUGGGGAUGACAUUUCAAGUACAGCAUGAAAAGACAAAGAUUUUUGGGUGUCAAAAUCCAUUUAGACAAGGAGGUGGGAGGAAGGGCUUGCCCAGGUCUUUCCUUAACAGAUUUACUCAGGUUUUUGUGGAUCCGCUUACAGUAAUUGACAUGGAGUUCAUUGCCAGUACUUUGUUUCCAGCCAUUGACAAAAAUAUUGUUAAGAAAAUGGUUGCUUUCAAUAACCAAAUUGAUCAUGAAGUGACUGUUGAGAAGAAAUGGGGCCAAAAAGGAGGACCCUGGGAAUUCAACCUCAGGGACCUUUUCCGCUGGUGUCAGUUGAUGCUGGUUGACCAGUCCCCUGGGUGUUAUGACCCUGGCCAGCAUGUGGUUUUGGUUUAUGGUGAAAGAAUGAGAACCCGAGAAGACAAAGAAAAGGUCAUUGCUGUAUUCAAGGAUGUCUUUGGUUUAAAUUCCAGCCCAUAUCUGGGGACCAGGCUGUUUCGUAUCACUCCUUAUGCUGUUCAGCUGGGCUACUCAGUUCUUUCUCGGGGCAGCUAUGUUCCUCACCCAUCCCGCCGACCCCUGUCACUCCUACAUCAGUCAUUCCAGUCACUGGAGUCGAUCAUGAAGUGUGUACAGAUGAGCUGGAUGGUCAUUCUUGUGGGGCCAGCCUCUGUGGGCAAGACCAGUCUUGUCCAGCUUCUUGCACACCUUACUGGUCACCCAUUAAAGAUCAUGGCUAUGAACAGCGCAGUGGAUACCACCGAGCUUCUGGGUGGAUUUGAACAGGUUGAUCUUAGACGACCUUGGAAGCAGCUGCUAGAGAAGGUAGAGGACACAGUAAGGGCACUGUUAAGGGACAGCCUUCUCAUCAGUGCUGAUGAUGCUGAAGUCGUGCUCCGAGCCUGGAGUCACUUCCUUCUGACAUACAAGCCUAAAUGUCUUGGAGAAGGUGGCAAAGGCGUCACGAUGGAGACUGUCAGUAAACUGGAAGCAGUGUUACUGCUCAUGCAGCGACUCAACAAUAAAAUCAACUCUUAUUCCAAGGCAGAGUUUGCCAAACUCGUGGAAGACUUCCGAAGUUUUGGGGUGAAACUCACGCAGUCAGCCAGCGGCCGCAGCCAGGGCACAUUUGAAUGGGUGGACAGCAUAUUGGUGCAGGCCCUGAAGUCUGGAGACUGGCUCCUGAUGGACAACGUUAACUUCUGCAACCCAUCAGUGCUGGAUCGUUUGAAUGCUUUGCUUGAACCUGGAGGUGUCCUCACUGUUAGUGAAAGAGGAAUGGUGGAUGGAUCUAUUCCCACGAUAACACCAAAUCCCAAUUUCAGACUUUUUCUCUCGAUGGAUCCUGUUCAUGGAGAAAUAUCCAGAGCUAUGAGGAAUCGUGGACUUGAAAUCUACAUUUCAGGAGAAGGAGAUGAGGGCAUCCCAGACAGCCUGGAUUUAAAAGUUCUGCUGCACAGUCUUGGGUUGGUGGGGGACAGUGUGUGUGACAUCCUCUUGGCUCUGCACACAGAGACCCGAAGCACUGUUACAGGUUCUCCAACAUCAUCUCUGUCGGCUCUGAUUCAGGCAGCCAUACUCAUUGUCCAGGGCUUGCAGCGUGGGCUGAGUUUGGUCAGAUCCUUUACAGAAGCAUGCUGGACAGUAUAUGUCCGUUCACAGCAUUCCCCAGCAAAUCAGAAGCUUAUGCAUGCCUUACUGGAGAAGCAUCUUUCUUUUCUGAGAGCACAUGAAGCCUGGGGAAACUCAAUUCUUGCUAUGGGAUUGUGGCCGGAUUCUGUGCCCUCAGCUCUCUUUGCUACUGAAGAUUCUCACCUUUCUACAGUGCGAAGUGAUGGACAGAUCCUGGUGUAUUGCCUCAACAGGCUGAGCUUGAAAACUAGCAGCUGGGCAAGGGGUCAGCCUCUUACCUUGCCAGACUUAGAGAAAAUUAUGCAGUCUUCCAGCCCUGAGAACCUGAAAUUCAGUGCAGUGGAAAUGGAUACAUACUGGAUUGAUGAACCGGAUGUUUUGGCCAUGGCUGUUAAAUUGCUCAUUGAAAGAGCAACCAAUCAGGACUGGAUGCUUAGAGUUAAAUGGCUUUAUCAUUUAGCCAAAAACAUACCACAGGGGCUUGAAUCAGUGCAGAUUCAUUUGGAAGCCAGUGCAACAGGUCUCAGGAAUUUUUACUCUAAUUCUCUUUCAACUGGUAUCAGCAAUAUCUUCAAAAUAUUACAACCAAAUAUGACAGAUGAAUUUGUGAUUCCUCUGGACCCCCGAUGGAAUAUGCAAGCUUUGGACAUCAUUAAAAACUCAAUGGACUUUGACCCACAGAAGGAACCACAACUAUUCACCCUCUUAGAAGCCAUUGUAAACAAGACCAUCAUAUAUCUUGACAGGGACAAACGGAUAUUUACUGAAGCAAAUUUGGUUUCUGUUGGUGGCAAAAAGUUAAAUAGUGUCUUGAGAAUGUCCUUUGAAUUCCAUAAAGAUCCAGAGAGCUAUCACAGCCUGCCCCAUGAGAUUGUGGUCAAUCUUGCUGCUUUUUUUGAACUUCUUGAUGCACUAAUCCUGCUAUGGAUACAGUCUUCCCAGGAGAUGGUGUCUGAUUCCUCUGUCAAUGAGAUCUUAGGUUCUUUGCAAUGGCGGGACCGGCUUUGGACUGUGGCCGAUACAGUAAAAGUAGAUGCCCCAGGUCUGGCCCUGCUUGCUCUCCAUUGGCACUGGGUUUCAAAACAUCUGGUCCGUCAGAUCCCCCAACUUCUACUGCAGCAUGAAGACAAGUAUUAUCAAGAGGUUCAGGCUGUCUCAGAUCAUAUUCAGAAUUGUCUGGGGAGCCCCACCGGUGGCUUCUGUGGUGUAAAAAAGUUGCAGAAGUUCCUGGGACGGCCAUUUCCUUUUAAGAACAAGCUGGUGGUGGAAUGUUUUUCACAACUGAAAGUUCUUAACAAAGCCCUUGCGGUGAGGGAGCGGACACCUGCCCUUGGGGAGAGUGGAUGGCAGGAAGAUAUUAAUCGUCUCCAAGUGGUUGCUUCUGAAUGGAUGUUAAAAGCAAGUCUCUUAGAGGCCUGGGGACUGAUCCUCAGAGCUAAUAUUCUAGAAGAUGUCAAGCUAGAUGAAUUGAAGAAUCUUGUGAAUGCUCAGUGUUCAGAAUUAAAAACCAAAGGACUGUCACUUGAUUUUCUGGGGAAAAAACAAAGUGAAAUUUCCUUCCCAUCCCAGCCAGACUUUGCCUCCUUAAUUCAACUCACCCGGAGUGUUCAGUUGUGGCCUGCAAUGGAGUACUUGGCUAUGCUUUGGCAGUACAAAAUGAUAGCUGAUUUCAUGACACAGGCUUCUAUGAGAAGGUCCAGGAAAAAUCAGCAACCCCAGACCGAUGCAAUAACUCAUCAUGUCACCUUUUGUCUUAAAUACACACCAGUUGCUCCUCAAGAGCUUCAAGAUUUUUGGUCUUUGCUGCAUUAUCAGAAGGUGUCUGCUGAAGAAAUUUUUUCUUUGUGGUCUGAAUUACUCACGUCUACAUUUACGUCUUUCUGGAGCAGCACUGUGACCACAAAUCCAGAGUACUGGCUAACGUGGAAUCCUUUGCCUGGUAUGCAGCAGGAGAUGCCCAAAUCUCUUUUGGACUCCACUUUGAAGGGCCCUGGCAGUCUCAGUAAAGCCAUGUUUUCCAAGUGCUGCUUUGACAUCUUGACCAGCAGCUGCAGAGCAAGUCCCUGGGACGUGAGUGGCCUCCCCAUCCUGUCCUCCUCACAUGUCACCCUGGGAGAGUGGGUUGAGAGAACCCAGCAGCUCCAGGAAAUCAGCUCGGUGCUUUGGACCAACAUGGCUGUUGCUUCUCUAGCAGAGUUCAGACACACAGAUGCCCAGCUCCAGGGCCUGUUGCUAUGCCGGCACCUUGUGGGUCUUGCAGAGCUACUGCCAGAGCCUCGGCGUCAGGAGCACGUACAGAACUGUGAGCAGCUGCUCCUUGGGGACAGCCAGGCCUUCCAGCACGUGAGCCAGACUCUCGGGGACAUGGCUAAUCUGGAAGUACUGCCCAAAGAACUGCUGUGCCUCUUACUCAGCUCCCUGCGCCACAUUUUUGGGGAAGGGGAAAGUAAGAGGAGCCUGCCUGACACAGCCCAGCGUGGUUGCCUCUGGGUGAGCCUUGGCUUGCUCCAGAUUCAGACCUGGCUUCCCCAGGCACGCUUCGACCCUGCAGUGAAGAGGCAAUACAAGCUCAAGUACGCCAAGGAAGAGUUACACCAGCUGCAGUGUGAGUGGAAGACCCGGAACCUUUUAUCCCAGCUACAAACUGGAAGAGACCUGGGAGAUGAAGCCAUUGUCAUUUAUUCUCAUCCUCAUGUCAGGCUGCUUCGUCAAAGGAUUGAACAGCUGGAGAAUUUAAUCUGCAAGCUGUCGAAGAAACAGGCCUUCAGACCGCAGCUGCCUGCCUAUGAGUCCCUGGUGCAGGAGAUCCAUCACUAUGUCACCAGCAUUGCUAAGGCCCCAGCUGUUCAGGAUCUGCUCGGCAGGCUCCUGCAGGCCUUUCAUGCUGAUGGACCACGAUCUGCCCAGGUGACCCAGAACCUUCUGAAGGAGGAGGCAUCCUGGCAGCAGUCACACCACCAGUUUAGGAAGCGGCUGGUGGAGGAGUACUCCCUGUAUCCAGAUACAGUGACCCCACUGCAGGCAGCCAUCCUGCAGCUACAGCACGGCAUGCGGCUGGUGGCAUCUGAGGUGCACACCUCACUCCACAGCAGUGUGGUCCGUACGGACUGGCUGGGGGCCCUGGCCACAGCUUUGUUGGCUUUUCCAUCUGUGGGACCCUGCUUCCCAACAUACUAUGCUCACGCAGAUGCUUUGUGCUCAGUGAAGUCAGAGGAAGUUCUGCGAGGCCUUGGGAAGCUGGUUCUCAGGCGUUCAGGAGGAAAGGAACUGGAAGGCAAGGGCCAGAGGCCCUGUCCCACCCGGGAGCAGCUGCUGCUGAAUGCCCUGCUUUACCUGCGCUGCCAUGUACUGUGCAAGGGAGAGCUGGACCAGCGGGCCCUGCCCCUCUUCCGACAUGUGUGUCAGGAAAUCAUCAAUGAAUGGGAUGAGCAGGAACGCAAGGCCCAAGAGAAGGCUGAGCAAGAGAACAGCCUGUACAGGUACAGGAGCAGGAACUCUAGGACCACCAUGAGUGAGGAGGAGGAAGAGGAAUGGGAAUUUAGAAGGCAGUUCCCUCUGCAUGAACAGGACUUUGCAGAUAUUUUGGUAGAACCAACACUAGAGGAAAAAAAAGGAACUUCGGAUGCACCAGAAGAAGAAGCAGCUGUCGACCCAGCCCUUCUCUCACAGAGUUCAAUGCAAGCGGUAAUGCUCAUCCAUCAGCAGCUGUGCCUUAGCUUCGCUCGAUCCCUGUGGUACCAGCAGACAGUGCCUCCACAUGAGGCAAAACAUUACCUCAGCCUGUUUCUCUCCUGCUAUCAGACCGGGGCCUCUCUGGUGACACACUUCUAUCCCCUGAUGGGGGUUGAGCUGAAUGAUCAACUGUUGGGCAGUCAACUUUUGGCCUGCACCCUCUCCCAAAACACUCUCUUUGGGGAGGCAACCUCAGAUUUGAUGGUGAAUCCUGACGGGCCCUAUGACUUCUACCAGCACCCCAAUGUUCCAGAAGCGCGGCAGUGUCAACCGGUGCUUCACAAUUUCUCAGAGGCUGUCAGUCAGUUGCUGCAGGACUGGCCAGAACAUCCAGCACUUGAGCAGCUGCUGGUUGUAAUGGACAGGAUUCGAAGUUUUCCACUUUCUAGUCCCAUCUCAAAGUUCCUGAAUGGCUUAGAGAUCCUUCUAGCAAAGGCACAGGAUUGGGAGGAGAAUGCAAGCCGAGCUCUGUCUCUGCGGAAACAUCUUGAUGUGGUCAGUCAGAUGAUCAUUCGGUGGCGGAAACUGGAGCUGAACUGUUGGUCCAUGAGCUUGGAUAACACUCUGAGGCGCCACACGGAGAAGUCCACCAAGCACUGGUUCUCCAUCUAUCAAAUGCUUGAGAAGCACAUGCAGGAACAAACCGAGGAGCAGGGAGAUGACAAACAGAUGACCCUGAUGUUGCUGGUCAGCACAUUACAAGCAUUUAUUGAAGGAUCUUCGCUCGGAGAGUUCCAUGUACGACUUCAAAUGUUACUGGUUUUCCAUUGUCAUGUCUUGCUGAUGCCGCAAGUUGAAGGAAAGGAUUCACUUUGCAGUGUUCUGUGGAACUUGUACCAUUAUUACAACCAAUUCUUUGACCGGGUCCAGGCCAAAAUUGUGGAACUUCGUUCCCCCCUAGAAAAAGAACUUAAAGAAUUUGUUAAGAUAUGCAAGUGGAAUGAUGUUAGCUUCUGGUCCAUUAAGCAAUCUGUGGAAAAGACACAUAGGACUCUGUUUAAAUUCAUGAAGAAAUUUGAAGCUGUCCUGAGUGAACCCUGCCGGUCAUCCCUGGUAGAGAGUGACACAGAAGAACAGCCUGAUGGUUUGCCCAGGCCAACAAAUGCAGCCAUGAGCGAGAUGUCUUCUAUUCAGAGCCUGAACAGGGCACUGAGGGAGUCCCUGUUAGUCCGGCCUGCAUCUGCACAGGUCACGGUCGCAGAGCAGGGUCAGGGUGCUACUUCUUUCCCCUCUCAAGGGGUGCUUCUGCGUCGCCUGCCGAAACUCAUGAAGCGAAUGAGGAAGAUGUGCCUGACGUUCAUGAAGGAGAGCGCCCUGCCUCACCUCGUGGAGAGCCUUGAUCAGUUCACAGGUGAAGUCAUUUCCUCUGUGAAUGAGCUGCAGAGCUUAAGGGUUGAGGCAUCCACAGAAGAGAAGCGGCGGUCAGAAGCCAAGCACAUCCUCAUGCAGAAGCAGAGAGCUUUAUCUGACCUCUUUAAACACCUUGCCAAUACGGGUUUGUCAUAUCGCAAAGGUCUGACCUGGGCCCGCUCCAAAAAUCCUCAAGAGAUGCUUCAUCUUCACCCGUUAGAUCUCCGGAGUGCGCUGUCCAUAGUCAGCGGCCCUCAGGAGGCUGACUCCAGGCUGCUUACAGAAAUCUCAUCUUCGUGGGAUGGGUGCCAGAAGUAUUUUUAUCGUUCUCUUGCACGGCAUGCGAGGCUGAAUGUAGCUUUAGCAGCUCCUGCCAAGGAGCUGGGUAUGGGCAAUGUGGAGCGGUGUAAAGGGUUCUCAGCACAUUUGAUGAAACUGCUCAUUCGACAGCGUCGCUAUCUCACCACGCUGACUGAGCAGUGGAUCAUCCUCAGGAACCUCCUCAGCUGUGUGCAGGAGAUUCAGGGCAGGUUGACAGUGCCCCUGGUCUACCCCAUGGCCUUCCCGCCUCAGGAUGGCAUGCAGCAGUGGACAGAGCGGCUACAGCACUUGGCCAUGCAGAGCCAGAUCCUGCUCGAGCAGCUCUCCUGGCUCCUCCAGUGCUGUCCCAGUGUGGGCCACAGUGAUGUCCAGACUCAGGAUCAGCCUUCUGCCUCCCACCUGGAAGGACCUGAACUCACCAAAGGACAGCUUUCUGGAGCAGUGCCACACCUCAUUCCCUGCAGUCUGGGCUACCCGUCCCCAGUACCUGAAAGUCGAUUGCCCUCUGGUUGCCGGAUGCGGAAACAGGACCAGCUUUGGCAGCAGUCGACUGUGAAGUUAGCGGAGAUGCUGAAAACCAUUAAAGCAAUGAAAGCUGAUGUCGACAAAAUUAGGCAGCAGUCCUGUGAGACUCUGUUUUAUUCUUGGAAAGAUUUUGAAGUUUGCUCUUCUGGGCUGAGUUGCCUUUCCCAGGUGUCAGCUCAUUUGCAAGGCCUAGCGUCCUUGUUCGUUCUUCCAGGGGUGGAGGGUGAGCAUAAAGGUCCACAAAUGGCCUUAGUUGAAAGCCUGGAAUAUGUCAGAGGAGAAAUUAGUAAAGGCGUGGAUGACUUUACUGCUUGGAAGAAACACCUACUCGCUUCUAGCAGCCAAGGAGGAAGCCAAAUGUUGGAUGAAGGAUUUGUGGAAGAUUUUUCAGAGCAAAUGGAAACUGCUAUUCGUGCCAUCCUCUGCGGCAUCCAGAACUUAGCAGAAAGAAGCAAUGAAAAAGCAAAGGGGAACACUGACCAAACAGGACCCCAAGAUAAGGAUGAGGCAGCAGGCUUUGAGAGACUGCAACCAGGACAUCUGACGAAACUCUUGGAGGACGACUUCUGGGGCGAAGUGAGCACUUUGCAUGUGCAGAAAAUCAUUUCCUCCAUCUCUGAGCUGUUGGAGAGGCUGAAAUCUUGUGGUGAGGAUGGCACGGCAGCGAAACACACGUUCUUUAGGCAGUGCUGCUGCCUGCUGGUACGCCUGGUGCCCAUGCUCUGCAUCUUCUCAGACCUUGUCCUCUUCUUCCUGACCGUGUCCUUGGCAACUCACCGAAGCACUGCGAAGCUGCUCUCUGUGCUUGCCCAGGUCUUCACAGAGCUCGCCCAGAAGGGAUUUUGCUUGCCCAAAGAAUUUAUGGAAGAUUCAGCAGGAGAGGGGGCAACUGAAUUCCAUGACUACGAGGGAGGUGGAAUUGGAGAAGGCGAGGGCAUGAAGGAUGUGAGCGACCGAAUAGAGAAUGAAGAACAGGUGGAAGAUACAUUUCAGAAAGGUCAAGAAAAGGACAAAGAGGAUCCAGGUUCAAAAUCUGACAUUAAGGGCGAGGAUAAUGCCAUUGAGAUGUCAGAAGACUUUGACGGGAAGAUGCAUGAUGGGGAGCUUGAAGAACAAGAAGAGGAUGAUGAGAAAUCAGACAGCGAGGAUGGAGACCUGGAUAAACAGAUGGGUGAUCUCAAUGGCGAGGAAGCGGACAAACUAGAUGAGAGGCUUUGGGGUGAUGAUGAUGAGGAAGAUGAGGAAGAAGAAGACAGCAAAACCGAAGAAACAGGACCAGGAAUGGAUGAGGAAGAUCCUGAACUUGUUGCUAAAGAUGGUAACUUGGAUGCUGGGAAUUCGAAUAAAGAUAAAAACUGGCCAGAUAAGAAGGAAGAAAAGGAUGAAACAGAAGCUGAUGAUGGUGGACAAGGCCAAGAAAAAAUUAAUGAACAGAUAGAUGAGAGGGAAUAUGAUGAGAAUGAGGUAGACCCUUACCAUGGUAAUGAGGAAAAGCUGCCGGAACCUGAGGCCUUGGAUCUUCCUGAUGACCUGAACCUUGACAGUGAAGACAAGAACAGUGGUGAGGACACAGGCAGUGAAGAUGGAGAAGAAGAAAAUCCCUUGGAGAUCAAAGAAAAACCAGUGGAUAUGGAAGAAGACAGUCACCAAACUGAGGAAAGAAAUGGAGAGACUGAGGCUGACCAUGGUGAAGACCAAAGUCCUCAUGAGCCCGAGGAAGGCCCUGGUGAAGAUGACAAAGUGGAAGGGGAGGAGGAAAUGGACACAGGCGCUGACAGCCCAGAGAGAGAUACCGCUGAACAGCCUGAAGAAAACUCGGAGGGCCAGCAGCAGUCUCUGGAGGAAGAGGAUGGGGAAGCCAGUGAGGAGGGUAGAGAGGAUGGCCUCCCUGCUGACCAGGGUCUCCAGCCCCAGAAGCAAGUUGAAGAAGAGAAGGAAGAUGAGCAGGAGGAGGAGGGGUUGGACACAGAGCAGCAGGUGGCAGAGGCUCCUGAGAGGAAAGAGCAUGCCUCGUGCGGGCAGACGGGGGUGGAGAACAUGCAAAGUGCACAGGCCAUGGAGCUGGCUGGGGCUGCGCCUGAGAAGGAGCAGGGCAAGGAGGAACAUGGGAGUGGAGCUGCAGAUGCAAACCAGGCAGAAGGCCACGAGUCCAACUUCAUUGCCCGGCUGGCUUCCCAGAAACACACCAGGAAAAACACACAGAGCUUUAAGAGGAAACCUGGGCAGGCUGACAAUGAACGUUCCAUGGGUGAUCACAAUGAGCGGGUGCACAAGAGGCUGAGGACUGUGGAUACGGACAGCCCCGCCACUGAGCAGGGGCCAACGCAGCCUGAGGCCCAGGUGGAGGAUGCGGAUGCAUUUGAGCACAUUAAACAAGGCAGCGACACGUACGACACACAGACCUAUGAUGUGGCCAGCAAGGAGCAGCAACAGAUUGCAAAAAACUCUGGGCAGGAUCAGGAAGAGGAGAUAGAGGAUACCCUUAUGGACACAGAGGAACAAGAGGAGCUCAAGGCAGCAGAUACGGAGCAGCUAAAGCCUGAGGAAGUCAAGUCCAGGACCACAGCAACCUCCGGCUUUGAUGAAAUGGAAAUGGAGACACAAACAGUUAAAACUGAGGAAGAUCAAGACCCCAGGACAGACAGAUCCCACAAAGAGACAGAGAAUGAGAAACCAGAGAGGAGCCGAGAUUCAACCAUUCAUACAGCCCAUCAGUUCCUCAUGGACCCAAUUUUCCAGCCCUUUUUAAAAGAUGUCAGUGAGCUAAGAGAGGAGCUGGAGAGACAACUGGAAACGUGGCAGCCACACGAAUCUGGAAACCCAGAAGAAGAGAAGACAGCAGCUGAGAUGUGGCAGAGUUACCUGGUCUUAACUGCGCCUCUUUCACAACAAUUAUGUGAACAGCUUCGUCUCAUAUUAGAGCCUACCCAGGCAGCCAAACUCAAAGGAGACUACCGAACUGGGAAGCGGCUGAACAUGCGGAAGGUCAUUCCAUACAUCGCUAGUCAGUUUCGGAAAGACAAGAUUUGGCUUCGGAGGACCAAGCCCAGUAAACGUCAGUAUCAGAUCUGUUUGGCUAUCGAUGACUCUUCUAGUAUGGUGGACAACCAUACCAAGCAGCUUGCAUUUGAAUCGUUGGCUGUGAUUGGAAAUGCUCUCACCCUCCUGGAAGUGGGUCAGGUCGCAGUGUGCAGUUUUGGAGAGUCUGUCAAGCUGUUACAUCCCUUCCAUGAGCAGUUCAGUGAUUACUCUGGCUCCCAGAUCCUACGGCUCUGCAAAUUCCAACAGAAGAAAACCAAGAUUGCUCAGUUCCUAGAAUCUGUAGCCAAUAUGUUUGCAGCCGCCCAGCAGUUCUCACAAAGCACCAGUCCAGAAACUGCACAACUCCUUCUGAUAGUCUCUGAUGGACGAGGCCUUUUCCUUGAAGGCAAGGAAAGAGUCCUGGCGGCAGUGCAGGCCGCUCAGAAUGCCAACAUCUUUGUCAUUUUUGUUGUAUUGGACAAUCCCAGCUCUCGGGAUUCUAUUUUGGACAUUAAAGUACCAAUAUUUAAAGGACCUGGAGAGAUGCCUGAAAUCCGAUCCUACAUGGAGGAGUUCCCAUUCCCGUUCUAUAUCAUUCUUCGAGAUGUGAAUGCACUUCCUGAGACUCUCAGUGAUGCCCUCAGGCAAUGGUUUGAGUUGGUGACGGCCUCUGACCACCUAUAGAACAGAAAGAGUGGUCCAGAGUGAGACUGUAUACAUAUUUAAACUACACAGUGUCACACUUCGUGCCCAGAUGCUUCCUUUUGGACAACUGCUUCUGAACGCAAAGCUCCAAAAUGUGAUAUUCUUUUGUCUUAGAUCUAAUUUAUAAAAAUUUAUCCAACAGCUACAAAAAAUUGUGCUGCAAUCUAUGUUUUUAUUAUACAGUAUGAUCUCAGAGCUUAGUUUUUGGACUCACACUCUUGCCUGGGCUAAGUUUCUUACAACAAACCUGCGGCAGUGAAGGAGCAGCAGGUGUCACUCUGAGAAUUGAGACAGAGCUGCCCUCCCUAUGUUAGCAGCCUUGGCCAGAGGAGAGGCUACACUGUGGCACUGCCUGCUUUCCCCCAUAGGGGCCCCUGCCUCUAUGAGCUCUGCCUUGCCAAACCCACCCAAAACUACUUAUUGUGAAAGGAACUACCUUCUCCUUGAGGACAGGAAAUGUGUGUUGUGUGUGAACUCAUAAAGCAACCAGGCAUUAUGGGACUUCAAGCAAUCAGCAAAAUGAACCUUGGGCCAUGUGAAAACAAAGUGGCUGUUCUGUGUCCUUUACUUUUGCUGCUGCAAGAGACUAUGCAAUGAUGGAGAAAUGGCUUUCUCUUUAUUUCAUCCUCUCAGUGCCAUGGUCCCUAUUGUUGUAGUAAUUUAUUUCUUUAGUUCGUUUUAACAGUUAAGGAGAAAAUACCAUUCCUCCCACUGCUUUUAAGCUGGACUGAGUCUGUCUGUCUUUGGAAAAGAAAUGCUGUGUCCACAAGAACUAAGCAGCUCCAACCCCAACCCCUAGUCAAAGGCAGUUUUUAAGUUGGCCAGAAAGCAGUGCUUGAAUACUUGAAACCAUGUGUCGUGUUCUAUUUAAUAUUCUGUCAGAUGUUCUUUUGUAGGCAACAUGCCAUGAUGUGUUCAUCUGCCCCCUCCGUUUCCAAGUUACACUGUGAAACGUGCCACCCUUUUGAGGUGGUCGUCAAAGGCAAAUUGUUGUUUGACCAAAUGUCCUAAAGCAUGUACCUGAAGUUACAGCACCAUUAUUUUUUAAUUCUGAAAAGCUAUGCAGCUUAUAUUCUGAAAACUAUUAAAACAUAU